AUGUUAUUAAUCCAACUUUAUCUGAACAUUCAAGUCUCUAUUAUCGAAUAAAUUUUGGUUGGUAUCUAUUUUGCAAGCACUGCUACAGAUAGUAUAACUCUUCUUUAUUUUAUUUAGAACUUCUUUUCAUUUUCAUCUGUUUUACUAUAAACAUUUUCUAAUUCAAGCAUAUAUUAGAUUUCUUUUCAGAAUAAAUCUAUAAUUUUACAAUUUGUUCAUAUCUUAAUGAGAAAAAUCAAAUUUAUUCUUAUAAUAAUUCAGUAACUAAAGUAUCAAUAAAAAUAAAUAAAUAUAACUAAAUUUAAUGUAAGUUAAUCUUAAUCCUAUGUUGAACUUUUUAGAAAGUAUAUUUCAAUUGAAGGUUAAGUUUAAAAAUUUACUAUGAAUAAAAAAGUAAAAUUAGAAUAAUUAUAUAUUGACCAAUUAUAUUAAUUAUUUCUAUUAAACUAAUAGUUCAAUUAUUUAUGA